AUUUGUGGUUAUGCAGGAUUACUUCAGAUGUGAGCCAGGAUUUGAGCACAAGGCGAAUAAUAUGGCUAUGAGAGCAUGUGCCAAACUCAUCAAGGACAUGCAUUAUGAGGCACGCAUCCAGGCCGUCAUAACAUACAACGCGCAGGUCCUUGGAGUGAAGACCACCAAAGCUGAAGCAAGAAACAUUAGCCUGACCCGAGACCAAUACUUGCAGGUAAAUAAAGAACAUUAAUACUGAUUUCUUCUAAGAUUAAGUACGCUUAAUUUUUCUUUUUGUCGCAAACUUGAUGAUGUGUAGAUGAUUCCGUGGUGGUGCAAUAGCCAUCCCGAGUGCUGGAAACAGAUGGUGGACAAGUGGUGUGGGGCUGAGUGGGCAGAGAUGCACAACGCUUGUCGGGAGCGGCGUUUGAUGAUGCCGGGUGCACGACACCAUCAGGGCAACCUCAGCCUCGACCAAUACGCAGCUAGAUGGGUAUAACAAUUCAUUUAUUCAUUCUAACGCUCAAUUAUGCAUAACUUAUAAUCAUCUUGUUGUUCUUUUCACAGUCGGCCGCACAUGAUGGCCAGCCUUGCUCCCAGUUCAAGGCAUGGGCUAUGGCCCACAAGGGCAAGGCGACGUCUGACGUCGACUACAACCCGGAGGACCCGCCCUCAGCAUACACCAAUGAGACUGUCCACAACCGCCUCAGUCAGUACACUGAGAUGGCAAGGUCGGUCCAUGGGCCAGAGUACGAUCCGACCACCGCCGAGCUUGAUCCAGAAGUCAUCAUGAGGGUGGGAGGAGGCAAGAAGCAUGGACGGUACUGGAUUGCCGACAGCACGCUCGACACGGCUACUACUCCCACUUUAGCUCAGAUUCGAGCAAGGAGCACGAGCUCAUGCCCGCCUAUAUGCCCACGACCAGGCACUGCACAGCACCGGAUGGAGACAAUCCAGGCCCAGUUGGAAGAAGAGAAGAGGCGACGGGAGGAGAUGGAGGUUAGGAUGGAGCAGGAGCAGCAGAGGAUGGUGGCUGAGCGACAGAGGAUGGAGGCCGAUCGACAGAGGAUGGAGUUGAUGUUUCAGUGGAUGCAAAAUCUUGGCGCGAGUAUGGGUCAAUCUCCUCCACCUGAGCUACUUGCUCCAUUGCCUCCUCCUGAAGGAACUCCCAAUCAAUCAGCGGCUUCAAAUAAUAUGCCUCAUCAGCCACCACAUCAGCCGGGGUGGCCAGCUUGGCAGUGAAUGGUUCAUGCUUAUUGUGUUGGUGUUUAUGUACUUGGAGACUUAGAUUUACAUUACUGGUUCACUUGUGCUUGGACUUAGAAUAUUUGGUUAACUUGGUGAUGCACUUGGAUUGUUUCGUUCACUUGGUGAUACACUUAUUAUUGCACUUUUGCUUAUAUGUGAUGUGUGAUAAAUGUGAUAUAUGUGAUAUAUGUGUGAUAUCUGUGAUAUCUGUUAUAUAUGUGUGAUGUACAAAUUAUUUUGAUUCAUUGGAAUGCAAAAAAUAAAGAAAAAUGGAUCUGGAAAGUUGCUUUGCCGAGUGCAGCAACCAAGAAACUCGGUAAAGAUGUAGGCUUUGCCUAGUGCAGGAGCAAAGACACUCGGCAAAGAUGUAGACUUUGCCUAGUGCAAGA